UCCCCAAUCAUCAGCGCAUCCUCUAUCCCCCGAAUACCUCAAUUUCCCGAUCCCCUCCCCGCGAACCCGCUUCCGGCGCUCCAGAUACCAGAUCCCGCGAAUAUCCAGCCAUGUCCGACCAAUUCACCACCAAGCAAGUCGCCGAGCACAACACAGUGGACAACGGGCUAUACAUAAUAAUCGACGGGAGCGUGUACAAGAUGGAUAGCUUUGUGGACGAGCAUCCGGGCGGGGCGAAGAUUCUGAAGCGAGUGGGUGGGAAGGAUGCGAGUAAGCAGUUUUGGAAGUAUCACAACGAGAGCGUGCUGAAGAAGUAUGCGCCGAAGCUUAAGAUCGGGAGCGUGAAGGAGGAGGCAAAGCUGUAGUUGCAGAGCUUCGGCGAGAUACCGAGCCCGAUCGCGAUAAACACUUCGGGGGAUGCAUGCGACUUUCGACGUCUGAUACUGCGCCUGACGGACAGAACCGCUGGAGUACUACAGGCAUACGAUGUGCAGAAUACUACAUGGCGUUUUUAGAGCGGAAGAGAUUCUGUGUACAUAUUCAGAACAAUAGAUUAUUCCAUUUAGACUUAUGAGCGAG